CACAGCUGCAACGCCGACUUGUACAGACUUGCAUGUCGGGUUUUUGUACAACAUUUGACGACGAAGACAAUAUUCUUCUUCAGUUGCUCUAAGUUUUGUUCUACCGAAUGUCCGUGGAUGUUGGAAGUCUCUGCUGUGCUUAGCCAUGCCCGUACGAGGAAAUCGGGCAGCCGCUGGGAAGGCUGAUGGAACCAAGUCAUCUCCGGUGCCUGUACGGGGAAGCCAGAGGCUGAGGAAGAAACAGGAAGAGGAAGAGGAAGCACAGCGGCUGGAGCAAGAGCAGCAAGAGCAGCAAGAACAGGAAGAACAGGCAGAUGACAGCGACGAUGAAGGCAAUGUCGCUAAUGAGUCUGGUGAAAACAGUGACGAGGUUGAAGACAGUAGUGACGAGGAAGAAGAUGAGGAUGAUGAUGACGACAACGAUGACGAGGAUGAUGAAGAGGAGGACAACGAAUCGGGCAGCGACACGGAGCGGCCCGUUGGCCGCGUUGUGGGUCCCAUCAGGCCACGAGGUCGUGGCGGUGCUGCCGUUGCACGUGGUGGUGCUCAGAGGCAGCAACCGAAGUCGAAGGCAGCAUCUGCUUCAACGAAAGAUCUGUUUGCCACUAUCAAGGAGGGUCGUUGUGCAUUCAAACUGAUUGUUGAUGAGUGGAUAGAUGAAUACAAAACGGAGAAAGGCACUGCCAUUACCAAGCUCAUUCAGUUUCUUGUUAGCUCCUCAGGAUGCAAAGCCGAAGUCACACAGGAGAUGGUGGUGUCGCGGAAUUAUGACAAGACGUUCAAGAAGCUGACUCAAGACUUUGGGGAGACAUCAACAGAGUAUCCUUUCAUCGCUUCAGGACCGGCAUGGAAGAAAUUCAAGAGUAACUUUGUUGACUUCCUGGACAAUCUCAUCCAGCAGUCGCGCCACACCCUGCUGUACGAUGGCUUCUUUCUGGAGCAGCUUUUGCCCUGGCUGAUGACCAUGUCCACGUCACAGGUGCAAGCGUUUAGACAUACCAGCACUCUGGCAGCAAUGAAGUUGUGCACGUCCUUCAUCAGUGUGGCGCAGAAGAUUCGACGGGAGUUGGAAAACUCCGAGCGCAUGCUGGACGUAGAGCGGAAGAAAGCCAGCAGUCGACGGAUCGAAGUACUAGAGGGGCAGCUGGAUGAGAAAAAGGACCAGAUUUCUGAUUUGGAAGAGCAUAUGCAGAAGAUCUUCUCUGGUGUCUUUGUGAUGCGAUAUAGAGAUGUGGUCGCUGACAUUCGAUCUCUUUGCCUUAAUGAAAUCGGAGAGUGGAUUGUGGCAUACAAUUCGAUGUUUCUUGGUGACAACUAUCUGAAAUACAUUGGAUGGAUGCUGUAUGAUAAGGCUGGUGAGGUACGUACCACUGCCCUAAUAGUACUGGAGCGUCUCUACAAGAACGAAUCAUUCCACCAACACCUCGAUCUUUUUACACACAAGUUCAAGGAUCGUGUUGUGGAGAUGGUGAUGGAUGUUGACGGUCAGGCCGGAGCUCAUGCUAUUCGUGUGGCCUGUGCACUUCACGACAUGGAUGUUUUGGAUGAUGACAACUGCGAACAGAUCUAUCAGCUUGUCUUUGUUCGGCCACGUGCCAUAGCGCAGGCUGCUGGAGAGUUCCUCGUAAAGUUUCUCUUCAACACGGAGCGCUUGGCCACGCGUCUGAAGGAAGAACAGGAGGCCAGUCAGCAGACAUCCCCGCGAAAGAAGCGUGGAAAGAAGAGUGCUGCCAUCUCUGAGACACAAUUCAAGCUGAAAGAACUAGCAAAGUUCUUCAUUGAAUGCCAGGCAGCAUCGUCAACCGACUAUUUUAUGGACAGCCUUCUUCCGUACAUGGAAGAGCUAAAGGACUGGCAAGCGUACACAUCCCUUCUGGAAGAAGACACAGGGUUGUCAAGCGAGGAGGAAGAAUGCUUGAUUAGCAUGAUGUCCUGCGCUAUUAAACGUGCUGUCGGUGGUCUGGGGCCACCGUUCAGGGCGUAUCGCAAGAUUUUGUCUAAAAAGGAGAAGCUAUCGCUGGAGGAGCAGAAAAAUGCGGUUAGCAGUCACUUUAUGUCCUGCUUGCCUGCAUUGUUGGUCAAGUAUGAUGCUGAUGCUGCCAAGGUUAUGGAGCUCGUGUCCAUUCCGCAGGCCUUCGACUUGUCGCUCUACUCUUCGUUGCGCCUAAAGAAGCAACUGUCGGACUUCCUAAGCGCCGUACAUCGUAUUGUCUUCAAGCACUCGUCUGAAGAUGUAUUUGAAGCUGUUGCAAGCACGCUAUUGUACCUGCAGCAAGAUGAUCAUCCCCUUCAGAGUACUGUGGAUGUUGCGAUGGAAAGUCUCCUUGAUGCGAUCGCCGCUGAAACUAAGAAGAGCCAGUCCCAGUACACAGCAAAGAAGACCAAAAGUGAGGAGGACACCUUCGCCCUAACGGUACACCUGAAGCGGGUUAGCGUCUUCUCUCGCUUUGUGGACAUGAGCAAGUGGGAACUGUUCAAUGCCCUUCAAGCUAUUCUAGCGCUUGGCUGUGAAGACCCGGAUGCUAUGAGCAAUGACCUGAUCAUUGCAUGCAUGCACGGCCUCUCAACUGGAAUGAUCAUGCUGGUCAAGACACUGUCCGAGCAAGAUUCAGUCAAAGGCAUGAAGAGCACUGUGAAAACUCUUCGCUCUCACAUGCAUGAGUUCAUUGUGCGUUGUGAUGAGCUUGUUUCCUACAGUGCACCGGAAGUGCAAAUGCAGGCUUUUAUCCUAAUGGCCAAUACCAUCAUGGUAGGUCAUCAUCUCAAGUUCAGUAAAGAAUCACAGAUUACUGCACUGUGGUCCGAUCUGGACUUGGCAAGUCAGGACCGGUGUCGUGAAUUCAUCGUCGCCAACGUUCUCAUGUACAAGGAUGACGACGCGGCACAGCAGGAGAAAGAGGAUGACGACGACGACGAAGAUCCUGAUCUCGAUGCUGAAGAGGAACGCAGUCAGAAGCUGGUCACUCGACGCGAAGCUCUCUCGGCAUACUGCAAGCUGGUGGCGUUUGGUAUGUUUGACCUGAAGCUUGCAGCUCCUGUACUGGCCUAUCUGAUCAAAUGCUUUCCUGACUAUGGAGAUAUCAUCAAGCUCUUCCUUGCCAAACUGCGCGAGUUCAACCACGUGGAGUGUGCCAAGGUCAUGUUACUGGCCCUGCAACAGAUGUUUGAGGAGAUUCGUAUGGACAAUGACGAUGGUGUUGUUGAUCGCCAAUCAAAGGACUGGAGUGCACUAAAGGAACUCGCCAAACGCUUUGGUCUGUCCAUGGGAGUGGAUAACAGCAAGACAAACGUGCGAGAGAUGGUUGGAACUAUUCACAGAGAUGGCAUAGUGUACAGUCUGUCACGCGUGCAAGGUCUUUCCCAGAAGUCAACUGGUGCGGAUCCCAGCCUUCCGCCAAACCUGGACUUCUUUGAUAUUAUUUUCGAAUUCCUGUUCCGUCUUCACGCGACAGAUCGCAGCAACUCACCGAACAGCAUACUGAGCUUUUUGGACGCUCAACUGAAGGAUUCUUCUGCGUUGCCAAGCAACAUUAUUGCUCAGCUGAAUCAGUCCAAGUGGCAGACGCUGCAGAAAUACCGAAACGUCCUGACCAGUGGUGGUAGUGCGGCAAGCAAGUCAAGCGCGGCUACUGCAGCGACGGGAGCAAAUACGGUGGGCAACGUUUUGGAUGAGUUUGACGAUGUCAGUGAAGCUGGAGAUGUUGAGCAAGAGCCGGCUGCAAAGCGGAAAGCAACGGGAAGGAGCCGAAGACCAUCCACUUCUCAAUCCGGCGGUAUGGUUGCAGCAUCACGGAAAAAAGGUGCUGAUGAUGUCUGGCUGCAACGACCGUCCGAAGCCGAAGUACGGCAGCAGAAACUAGAGAAAGCCAGAGCGGCAGCUGCUCGGUCUCGCUCUGGCCAAGGCCGUGGUUCAACUUCGUCAGGACGCGCAGCUAAAACUACUGCUGCGUCGUCAUCCUCACAGCGACAACAGAAGGCCUCGCAGAAGCGACGGCACGAGGAGUUAUCUGAAGAGGAAGAGGAGGAAGAAGAAGAUGCAGAUGUGGUGAACCAGGAAAGUGAGGAAGAGGAGAUGGAAGAGUCAGAGAGCUUGCAGCAAGCGUCACAAGCAUCCUGGCUGUCCAGUCAACCAAAACGUGCAAAGCCCGACGCACGGCGCAGCUACGGCACGGCUGACGUCCGAAGUCCCCGCGCUGACAGGUCACGCUUGACCACUCGACCGGCUGCCAUGCAUGCACAGGAAGAACCAGCGAAAGAAGCCUCUCCCGUGAAGGCGCCACGUCGCACACGCAGAGUUGCCAAGCCAAUGCCUGAUAAUAUCUUCGAUGAUGCAUUGGGAGGAGAUAAUACAGAUGAUUCGGAUGGGCUGGCCGCACCGCUGUUCUAGAGUCUGCCAUGUCAUGCCGCCUUGCACUGCUGUGCUGGGUGUGUGCACCGUAUAUUGCAACGAUGAACGAUGAGUGAUUGUGUCACCUGCAAGCCUCGCACCAGUCUAGCAUAUUAUUAUAUUGAUCACUCUUCACCGGAAAUGCAUGAAAACAGACCUCAACGUUAACAUUGAAUUAAAUUUGUAUCAACACUAUACCUUAGGUACUCACUCACUUACACCCCUAAAAGCAAAUCACAAUCAUGAAAUUUAUAUUGCCACAUAAUCAGUAUAAGUAUAGAACUCCUUCGGGAUACAAAACUCAUAGUCGUUGAAGACGAGUUGGCGAGUAGUUACAGCAUAUUUAGAAAUGGACUCCCCGCCUGAUCUAUCCUUCUCCGUCUUCGCUCUCUCUCUCUCUCUCUUCCCCUCUGCCUCUUCCCAUGCUGUGCGCACCUGUGUCCGCGUGCUGAUGCUGUAUUUCGAAUUUGUUUUUCCUAUCUAGUAUGCUGUAUGGUAUCUGCUUUGCUAGUGCAUGAGAUUGUGUAACCGUAUGACUGAGUUGUUGACCUCCAUCCAUCGUUCUUCCCGCCUUUCCUCCGCUGUUUUGCCAGGCUCUUUCCUGACUUUUUAUCUUUUAAGUUUUGCUAAUUCUUGCUAAGUGCAAACAUCUAGGGAAUUUGGCCUAAGGUGGCUGCUGCUGUUACUGUUGAUUUUUAGUACUAUCACGAUAGUGAUGGCAUAUCUCUGUAUAUGUCGAUCCUUAGCUUGUUGUGUUGGAGCCAUGCUCUGUAAUGUUCUGCUGUUUGUCGGCCCUGGGCCACAUCUAGUUCACAUGACUGUAGUGUUGCUCUGUUGUUUUCGCUUGUCGUCAGGCCCUGUGCCUGCGUGUUUUGGGUUUGUGAGCAUACAAUUAUGUGGUAUCA